UCAUUUGCGCGCUUCCCGGAUCCUGAAACAAACGGGAAUAACGACACCAACACGGACACGUUUCAUCCAGCCGAACGGUCCCUGCUGAUCUGCCCUGUCCCAAGAGUCAGCUUCAGACCGCGAUUUGCCCUCAGCCAACAAUAUCCCUCUCCCACCUGGCACCACCAAGCACACUGUCACACACGCACACGCACAAGGCCCGCAUACCAUGUCUCUGGACCCCAUUGCCGCACUGCUGUCUCAGUAGCACGCUACUCAACACCGACUCUGUUUGAACAUCCAUCAUGGAUGCUUACUUGCCCUUGUCCUCGUAGUCGCAUUCGCGUUUGUUGCUAG